CACUCGAUUCGCCUCCGCCACACCCAUCCUUCCCCCACCCAAAUCCUCGCCUCCGCCGCACCCCAACCUUCCCCAAACCCUCGCCUCCGCCGCCGCCAGCGCUGAUGGGCGAGCCCGCCGAUGGUUUCUUCCUCCGCCUUCCGCCGGAGCUCGUGGACGAGAUCCUACUCCGCCUUCCGCCGGACGAGCCCGCCUGCCUCGUCCGCGCCUCCGCCGUCUGCAAGCCCUGGCGCCGCUUCUUCGCCAACGCGAACUUUCGCGGCCGCUACCGCGAGUUCCACGGGCCACCUCCCGUCCUGGGGCUCGUCCAAGAGGCCGCAAACUUCCUCGCCAUAUCUGCGCUUCCAACCCUACCAGACCUUUCACACUUGGUCGCCGCUGCCCUGAAGGCCCUGGACUGCCGCCACGGACGCUACGUCUUUGACUCAUACGACCAGUACUGGCAGGGGGAUACCGUUCACCUGACCGUCCUGGACCCUCUGACGGGCCAUGGGCAUCACAUUCCCACACCGAUGGACAAUCGUUUGCUCUGGUACAGUGUGGCCGUGCUCUGCGCCACACAAGGCUGCGACCACCACGAUUGCCAGGGAGGACACUUCAGUGUGGUCAUCGUGACCACCAAUCACGAGCAAAGGGUGACCCUAGGUUGGCUCUACUCGUCCGAGACAGAGUUGUGGAGUGCUCUUACAAGUGUUUCCCAUCCAAAUGUCCUCAAGUAUAGUUAUAUCCGUGGCUCGCCUAGUGUGCUUGUGAGUGAUACCCUGUACUUUGACUUGGAUGGUAUCAUUCAGUGCCACCUUGGUUCCCGGUGUUUGUCCAUGCUCGAGAGACCCGCAGAUGGCAAGGGGUAUCUCAUGACAGCAGAAGACGGCGGACUGAGAUUCGCCACCAUGGUGGAUGUCACAAAUCUAACUCUGUGGUCAAUGCAAACCGGACUGGAAGGAGCCAUGGGAUGGGCAAAGUAAAGACAAUUGAUCUUACGCGGCUGCUACUUGAUGGGGCCCUCUCCAUCACAUCAGAUGAAGAUGGAAUUUGUGGUGUUGCCGAAGGAGCCCAAAUAAUAUUUUUGAGCACACGGCUGGGUACCUACAGGAUUGAUCUCAAGUCAAGGCGAGCCAGGAUUGUAUCUGGUCCGGGCAGUAAGAUCUUUCCCUACCAGAGAUCUUACAUCCCAGUAAUGGAAGCAGCUUGUAUGGAGCUGGAGCAGGAGCAGUGAGCUGGUGCUUGAAGUUCUUUGUCAGGAUCGAGUUGCUGUUAAGGAAGUACACUUUUGAAUCAAGGGGGAGGUGGUGGCAGUGAUGUUAGCUGGUGUUAGUGUUGGUUGAUGGAAUUUGUUUAGUAAGCUGUUGCGUCCCUGCUUGCUGUUUGUUAAGGCCCUUUCAGUUACUCUGUGAUCUUGUGAAAUGCUGCGACAGCAUCGCAAUGCAAGGAUGGUUUUAAUGGGAACUGGCUGACACCAGCCUGCUACUUGAUUAUCAUGUAAACUUGGAAGUGUGGACAAUAUUUUAUACUAGGCAGGGUACUAU